AUGAGCGCACAGCGCAUGGAGAAAAUCGUCCAGGACUCCGUGGACCAAGAUGAGUACCAAGUCUUCAAGCCCCUCGUCUCGGACGACUACUUCGUCUCCAUAAUCGGCGUGAGUGCGGCCACAAAGCCAUCGUUAUCUACGGCAACGGGACAGACCCCAACCUCUAAAGCCGAACGCGUCGCACUGGUCCUCAGUGGCCCCGAAAACCCCCAGAAAGCUCGAUGGGCCUGCACCAUUGACACCCAUUACGACUGCCCUAUGGACAUGGCAUGGUGUGAAAGACAGUCUUGCCAGUGA